CACAACAUGUAUUAUUGCUUCCUUAUGUCAGCGACAGCUGACAUAACAAUCGCAAUUAUGGAGUGUGUGACGUUUGACGUUGCGUAUCACGUGACUGCAGAAUGGCGCAUUGGGUUUACGCUUCUGUGUGGAGGCGCCGGCGUACGCUCCGCAAGCUCACUCCUCCCCCUCUAAACCUUUGGACACGCUCCAAAAAAAAACAUUACUUUUUGUACAUUAUUUCCUGUGUGUACACUACUUCAGAGAAGGGGUGGGCGAUACAGUAAAUGUCGGUAUACCAGGUAAAUACGGGGACAAUAUUGCUGAUACCAACACCAAUCCUUUUUUUUACUUGAAAUAUCAAAUCCCUGAAUGAUCACUCCAUGAUUUUGUGAAUUUAAUUUAAAUGUGUUGAAUAUAAUGUGGACCAAAAAAAAUACAUUAUUUAUUGGGCAUAUAUACUCAAAAUAUACAGUAGGACAAUGUAACAGUAUCAGCAAAAUAAUACAAUUAGUCACUACGUACAAUUGUUUAAGCAAAAAUAACUAAGCAAAAGAAAAAACUACAAUUGACUCUCAUUCAAAGCUUCUCAUGCAAAACGUCUUCCCUGACUGUGUAAACAUGUAAUAUAAUAUUAUAUUAUAAAUAUACAGUCAAACCUGUCUUAGCGGCCACCUUUAUAGAAGGGCCACCUGCCUAUAGCAGCCACUGAAAAAUCCCCCCCAGCAAAUUUACAUGUUAUAGACCCUGUGUAUAGCAGUCACCUGUCCAACGCAGCCAGCAGCCACCCAUUUUGUCUCCCUUGGUCAAUAUCUGACUGCAUAUAGCGGCCAAAUUACCAACUCAAGUAGAAGCUUCAUGCACGAAAAAGUUUUGAUUUUCAAUCAAUGAAGGUGUCGUGUGUAGACUUUAAUUACUGAGUCCUAGCUCAGUCACAAUCAUUCACAAGAUCCACACAAACUGUUAGUUGUUCCACAUAAAAAAGCCGUCUUCUUUUGAGCUUGCUAUUUCCUGGUCAAACAUGUAACUUUAAGAGCAUUUGCACCAAUACAUUACCGCAAAGUAGGCUGGGAACAGGACGUGCUCCCAGCGACGCUACAAUAAAAAAAAAGCAUAUGCUAGCAUGCAUGCGGCAGCGGGAGCAAAACUGAGUUCGGUUGUACUUAACUGAAGUAUUUAUCAGUUAUCAGUUAUUAUUAAGCCUCUAGCUUCCUUUUAGUAAGUAAAAACCUUGGCUAUGAUUGCACUACAUUGUCAUGUAGACCUACAAAGUACACUUGGAAGAACAAGAGGUGAAUAAAUGUAUUGCAACUGAUGUGAAACUGAUGAGGGGUAGGAUUAAAUAAGCUUUGCUUCUUCCUACUCCUUUUUGGACAUGCAAAAUUGUGAAUUGUACUAUGUGAUGUGCUACUGUUUGACUCAUGCAUGUUCAGGAUUAAAACCAUGAACCAUGAUAAUAACAAGCCUAGUAGUGCUGUACAACUUUUAUCAGCAGUCCGCAGUGCCAUCUACUGGUCAACAUUAUUUUUAUUAUUUUUUUCCCUUUUUUUUCUUUUUUUUCCUCUACUGGUCAACAUUCAAACUGGACGCCAACCUGUCUAUAGAGGCCACCUGUCUAUAGCGGCCACUUUUGCAGACUCCCUCUAGUGGCCGCGAUAGACAAGUUUGACUGUAUAUAUAUUAAAUAAUAUAUAUUCUAAAUAUGAUUACAAUAUUUCUAAUUAUUAUAAUAAUUUUUGCUAUUUUUUUAUUUUUUACAAAUAUUUAUACUUCUUGUACAUUUUUUCUCAUAAUAUUAUAGCUUUAUUACAAUAUUUGUACUUUAUUAUUGUAAUAUUAAAAUGUUUUCACAACUUAAUUUUCCAACAACUUCAACUUUUUCUGAGUUUUGUUUGUCAUAUUACAACUUUUUUGCUUUAAUUUUUUAACUUUAUGUUAUUUUUUCUCUUAAUAUUAAUAUCUCAUAUCGCUAAUAUUUACGCUCUUUAUAUUGUGUCUCUAGGACCGUACGGUGGUCCAGUGGUUAGCAUGUUGGCCACACAGUCACAGGCUGGGUUUGAAUCUCCGUCUGUGUGGAGUUUGUAUGUUCUCCCCGUGUGUGUGAGGGUUUUCUCCAACAUUCCUCCCACAUUCCAAAAACAUGUAUGUUAGGUUAAUUGGUGACUCUAAAUUGUCCAUAGGUAUGAAUGUGAGUGUGAAUGGUUGUUUGUCUAUAUGUGCCCUGCGAUUGGCUGGCGACCAGUCCCGCCUGGCGCCCGAAGUCAGCUGGGAUAGGCUCCAGCAUACCCCCGCAACCCUAAUGAGGCGAAGCGGCAUAGAAAAUGGAUGGAAAAUGGCUGACCUUUCUUCCAAUUUUGCCGUGUUUUGGUUUAGUUUUCUUGUUUUUGCAUUUUUUUGUCAAUGUCACGAUAACAAAUUUUGCUGGACGAUAAUUGUUAUCAAAUUAUUGUUGAUAAUCGAUAUAAUUGGCAACAUAUUUUGAGACCAUUUUUUCAUUUAUUAUAUGGCAAAAUAAUGGCACUACAUCGUAUCAAAAGCAAUAAACUUGAAUUUCCAAAGAGUAUUUAACAUUGUAAUUGGAAUAACAAGAUCUUUUAAAUAAAUUAAACAAACAAAAAUUUUUUUGUAAAAACUUCAAUGAAAAUAAAAUGGACUCUGUCUCUUUUAGCAAAAAUUGCACUUACAUAAAAAACACAAUAAUAACAAUAAAAAUUAGACCCUGUCUCUGUUAAGAAAAAAAACACUCCAAUAAAAACCACACACACACACACACGGUUAUGUAGUGUGUUGUUGAACUAAUGCAGGGGGUCAUAUUUGAGCUGGACAACAUAUCUAUGUGGGCGGAAUCAAAUGCAGUGUUUCUGAUGUCCUUCAACAAUUGCUGUUUGUGACAUGUACAUGUACGUUCUCCCAGGCUAUUCGUACUGUCUCAAACCUUUCCUGAAAUGUUGUCUUUUCAGCCGUAUUGAGAGGUUGUAUUUCUUUUGCAAUGUAGCGAGCGACACUGUCUGUGAGCACGCACCAUUUUGCCCUGUUUCGUUUUAUAUUUACUUUGACGAUGAAACGCCUCAGUCAGCGUUGACUGUCGGGACGAAGGCUGUGCUGCACCUCCACACGGGUUGUGGCAUUCGGCUUAGCAAACCAUGGCUUUUGUGCCGUCAUUCAUAUUAGAGUUUGCUUGCUAACUUGCUAACUGCUAGCACUCUGUGUAUUCACUCACUAGUAGACCCGCCUCCAUAAAUGGUCCGAAUGAGAGGAGGGCUCUCUCCGUCUGACCAUUCCGCUAUAGAACCAAUGCGCACAGACACAUGCAGAGUGAACCCUCUUGUCAUCCAGCCUACAGAGAGACGAUGAAAACAAACAGGCAUAUAUGCACGUGUCAGUUCAUCAAGGCGGCAAAAUUAUCGACUUCUUUUUUUUUUAUCGUUUGAUUAAUCGAUCAUUGCGACAGGCCUAUGAGAGCCAAUAAAAAAAAAAAACAGCUCCGGGCCACAGUGAUGAUAUAAAUAUCAUGUAACAAAAUGACCAACAAAAUAAAAAAAAAAAAGUGAAAAAAUAUCCAUCAAGUCACACUAGUAUCGAUUGAUAUGUAUGCUACCGAUUUUUGGAUCAACAUUUGCAGUAAAAGUGUUGGAAGGUACUGAUGAGUUGCAGCUCCAAUAACACUCUCCGUCUCUCUUUAAUUGUCGUUGUUCACUAACAAGGUGAAUGGGUGACAUGGUUACGCACUAGCUGACUCACAGCUAGUGCAUUUUGGCUCUUGCAUUUUGGUGGAGAAUUGCACGUCACGUGCUCAACCCCCGACGCAGAACAUGAAAUGAUCAAGAGGCGGCGUUGAGACGGAAGCAUAAACCAGACAGCAACAUCCUGCCUUGGCAGAGGUCGGUGUGAGGAGUUGAUCACGUGACACAAACAAGCAGUCAACCACACCCACUCAUCGGGAGGUCUCCUGGUGUCCCUGAAGGCAGCGUGGGAAACAAGCUAAUGCUGCUCUUACACAAAGGGGGCGGGGGUAUCAUGUGACCAGGCACUCAGCGUGGUGGUUCCGCGUAGAGACCAGGCUCGCUCAGGCUCAGCAGGAAAAGAUGAGGAGGAGAAGAUGGACAGGAGGACAUCAGCCAGAGAACAAACAUUUGAGUUUGCUUCAGCGUACGCAGACCUACAGCCCCACGGGAGGACUUUGCCCGUGUCCGGCCACGUCCCCCCGCCUGACUACCUGGAGGGAGACGAGGACCAGGACCUCAUCAAGCCCAGAAAACUGCUGAACCCCGUCAAAAGUUCCAAGAGUCACCAGGAGCUUCACCGAGAGCUGCUGAGUAGCUGCAAGCGGAGCGGAGUCAGCGUGGAGACCAAACCAGAGCUGCAGAGAGUUCUGGAAUCCAGGAAGAGAGAUCAGCUGAUGCGACAGAGGAAAGAGGACGAGGACGCUCGCAGAAAGAUUUCUCCUCUGGAGGCUGAACUGAAGAAGAGACACCAGAAACUGGAGGAGAUGGAGCUCCAGCAGGAGAAAGAACAAGAAGAGAAGCUGAAGGCUCCAGAGUUUGUCAAAGUCAAAGAGAACCUGAGACGGACAUCAUUUGCUGGGAACCAAGAGAAAGAAGUGUAGAAAAAGACCUGCUGUCCCUCGGGGACUUAACACACAUGGAGGACAUGAGGUGACGGGGAUGAGAAGAUGCUGAGAUGAGGCUGUGACUGCUGGCUUGGUACAGUACUGUAUGUUGUUGACAUGAUGAAGGACACUGAGGAUGUGUGGAAGGACACAACAGGAUGGACAUGUCUCAGGAAUUUGAGAUGGACACUGUGGACGUUGGACAAACAAGCUCUAUGACACGUGGAGGUGUCUUCCAGUCAAACACGUUGUGAUGACUAAAUAAGUAUUAAUAAUGAUACAUGUGACAGGAUUAUUGUGUCAUUCAUUUAAAAAAGCAUACUUAUUAUGUUCUCCUGUCAAAACAGUUAUGCAAUCAGAAAAGGUUCAUAACAUGUCAUGUGCUUCAUUAUCAUCAAUGAGACUUUACUGUCACUGUGAGCUCAUAAGAAUAUUUUGCUAUCGUGUGUAAUUUUUGAAGUUAAUGAAUAUUCUAUUUGAAGCAUUUGCUGAUUAAAAUCUUUGUUGAGAAA